CUUCUGUCUCUGAUGUAGUCCCUUCUUAGUAGGUUUAGUAGUAACGGCUAAUGGCACAGCUGUUGCUGAACAAUUCGAAGCGUCUCGUACCCACCCGCCAUCACAGGUCGAUAACCAGCUGCCCAGAUACAUACAACACUCAUACAGGAAAUCCUUUGUCCAUUCUCAAGGUCAUCGCAGCCGAUGGCGGGUCUUAUACCCAUGAUCUGUGUUUACCAGAUCCAAGCCCCAUCUUCGGACAGCCCGUCGUCCAAAUCUCACCCUGCCCGCCAUUUGAUAACCUACCGCCAUCAGACAAAAGAGCAUCUCCGCUUCCACCAACCUCUUGAGGUCAAAAGACGUGCAAAAGAAUGGUCAAGUCAACUUGGAAUUAGGAAUAGCCGAAGGCGGGGCUCGAACCCGCGACCUUGAGGUUUGGAAUAUCUGAGAAGAUAAGAGCCACACGCUCUACCGAUUGA